AUGGUAUCAAGAGCCGUCACUGUGGAUCAAGAAUCCACUAGUUCCAACCCUCCCUCCUCCGCCGCUCCCAUGGCAUCCACCACCACCGCUUACACUAUUCCCGCCAAUCUCAAAUUCCUCGUCUCUAACAUCAAGAAUCUCAUCCCCUAUCCCCUCACCGCCGAUAACUACCCCAUUUGGCGCACACAGAUUCUACAACAAUUUCUUGCGAAUGAUUACGCCGGUCAUCUCACCGGUCAAGCUGCUCCUCCGGUGGACACUUCUUCUGCCGAAUACAAGCUCUGGCACACGGCGGACAGCAAUCUACUUUCAGCUCUCUUCUCCACUCUCUCUCAUUCCAUUCUUCCCUACAUCAUUACUUCCACCACCACGCACGAGGCUUGGUCGAUUCUUGAGCGUCGGCUUCAACCCACAAGCCGAUCUCGUGUUAUCCAGUUAAAGAAUGAAUUAUACCAUGUUCAACUUAAAGAUAUGACCAUUCAACAAUACCUUACCAACAUCAAGACCAUUGUGGACAAUUAUUAUGUAAGGCUUGAUCAGAUAUUUGGUUAA